AGAGCCUGGUUUUGAAAAAUGAGAGCAGAAUCAGAAAAUGUUGCCGUUAGAUUACAUGCAGGGGGGAGUGCCACAGGGGGCAGGGUGGUCAAAACAAAACUCGGUGAAAGGCUUAAAGCGACAAUGCCGUUCUGUCACUGAUUCCUCUUACAAAAUCGGCGAAAUCAUCGCUUCCCUCUGAAAUCCUUCUCUUUGCUGCAAUUAAAGCUCCCUUCUCCUCCCACCUUCACCUUCGGUUCUUCCCUUUUGGUAAGAAUCCUCUGUCUCUCGCAUUCCUUCAUGCUUCUUCUCGGGAGAUUGCGCCUUACUUUCUUGUGAUUGCCUCUACACCCAAUAAUUUAUCAUCAGUGUUUCCAGUCUAACCUUCACAGUGUACAUCUUUCAGGACUACGUUUUAAAUUCUCCGUCCAAUUUUUGUUUUUCUUUCCCUUUUGUUUUUCUAGUGUUUGUUGGUUUUAAUCUCUCAUCCGGGGUCUUCGAAUCGCUCGACGAAGGACCUUGGUGGUGUUAGAUGGACUUAUUUCGUUUAUAACCUCGAAAGGUCUUCAGUUUGUUGAGACCCUUCCCGGAAAAAUAUUCCGAACAUGUCACUUGCUGAUGUUGCUCGGACUCCGAUUCAUCUAGAAUCGGUCUACUUCCAAGGCCAACUCGUACCUUGUUCAGGUAAAUCCAUCUUGAUUUACCUCGCGGCGGACGGAGCUCUGACCCCUAUGCGUGUGUUGGAGUCCGAUACCAUAGCAUCAGUGAAACUCAGGAUUCAGAAAUGCAAGGGAUUCACGAUGAGGCAGCAGACGCUUAUUUUUGAAGGCAGGGAGCUGGCCCGCAACGGUACCCUUAUCAAGGACUAUGGUGUCACCGGUGGCAAUGUUCUUCACCUGGUUCUCCGGCUCUCCGAUCUCCUCUUCGUCAUCGUUAGGACAACUUGUGGCAAGGAGUUUGAAUUUCAUAUCGAUCGCCAUAGAAAUGUUGGGUAUCUCAAGCAACGCAUCAAGAAGGGAAAAUGUUUCGUUGAUCUUGAGAAUCAAGACCUUUUCUGCAACGGCGAGAGGCUCGAUGACCAGAGAAUGUUCCACGACGUAUGCAAGAGUGAAGAUGACGUGAUUCACUUGUUGGUUCAAAAAUCAGCCAAGGUUAGAGCUAUACCAGUCGAGAAAGAUCUAGAACUGUCCGUUGUGGCCUCCACUACCUCAGAGGAAAGUGUCCAUGGUAACAAGAAGAAGCUUGAGGCAGCAACAGAAGCAAAAGGUGAUUUCAUAUUAGAACCAAUAAUUGUGAACCCGAAGAUCCGAACAUUCCCUUUCCUGUGGGAGAUGAUGAAUUCAACGUCUAAUGGUUUGAAGAAAGGUUUUAAGCCAGUAAGGUCCUCUGAGGGCACAGGAGGGACAUACUUUAUGCCAGAUGAAACAGGGAAAGAGUAUGUUGCAGUGUUCAAGCCCAUUGAUGAGGAACCAAUGGCAAUGAACAACCCACGGGACCUUCAGAGAUCAAUAAAUGGGGAAGGAUUGAAAAUAGGGACGAAGGUAGGAGAAGGAGCGGUGAGGGAAGUAGCUGCAUACAUAUUAGACCAUCCAAAAGGAGGAAGACGAGAGGUAUCAGGUGAAGCAUUUGGAUUUGCAGGUGUUCCUCCCACAGUUAUGGUUAGGUGCUUGCACGAAGGAUUUAACCACCCAGAAGGGUUUGAGUAUUCAUCAAAACACUUGAAGAUCGGAUCUCUCCAGAUGUUCAUGGACAACGAAGGUAGCUGUGAGGACAUUGGGCCAGGGGCUUUUCCCGUCGAAGAGGUGCAUAAGAUUACCGUGCUUGAUAUCAGAAUGGCUAAUGCAGACAGGCAUUCUGGCAACAUAUUGUGCAGGAAAGAACCAGAAACAGAUAAAACUAUCCUCGUUCCAAUUGAUCAUGGUUAUUGUCUGCCAGAGAAAUUUGAAGAUUGCACUUUUGAUUGGCUUUACUGGCCACAAGCACGCAAACCUUACUCUCCUGAUACAGUUGAAUAUAUAAAAUCAAUGGAUGCCCAGAAAGAUAUAGAACUAUUGAAAUAUUAUGGGUGGGAUGUUCCAGUGGAAUGUGCGAGAGUGCUUCGUAUUUCAACAAUGCUGCUCAAGAAAGGGGUUGAGAGGGGUCUGACCCCUUAUGCCAUCGGGAGCAUAAUGUGUAGGAAAAACAUGAACGUGGAAUCUGAACUAGAGGAGAUGAUUCAGGAGGCCCAGGAUUCCUUGUUGCCAGGCAUGAGUGAGUCUGCAUUUCUUGAAGCAAUUUCCCAGAUCAUGGAUUCCCAUCUCGAACAGAAGCAGCUUGCAAGUUAGGCUUUUUCGGAUUUAUUUAUAGGCAUGUCUUAACGUUUAAGUGAGUGGCUAGUCCAGUUUAGGAUGGGCUUCACGUGGUAUCAAAGUUCGACGGCUUUGUGUGUUUUAGGGACAUAUAAGCCUCAAGCUUUUUAACUCUCUCUCAUGUUGGAGAUAUAAAGGAAAUAAUGACGCCUCAUAUCCCCAACAUCUCACUUCAACUACUAUAUAUUGGGCGCUUCAACAGAAUGUCCGGAUGAGAAGAAGUAUACAUAUUCGUCUAUGAUUUUAUGUGUUUUUUUUUUUUUUAGGUUUGUGACAAAACAGUUUGAAAACGAUGUUGAAAUUGUGGGCUUGUAUAGUCUUGUAAAUCUCAGUUUGUGUUGGA